AACUAGGAAUCCCUGACCUCGCCGAACCCUCAACUCACUGCCGGCUCCGAGUUUCAUAAAUUGCCACGCAACAACCUCGACGCACUCUUGCGCACGCGCACCAGCUGUGGAAGGAACCCCCUGGGAGCCCCCGCGACCCGGACCGUGGCAAUGGAUGCAGCAAUAUUCAGUUUCCAGAAUCAGCAGCUCCGGCAGCAGUGUCCUGUCCUGAUGGUGUUGGCAGCAGAGCAGCACUUGAAGAGUCCAGGUGAUCAAGCAGCCCAAGAACCCAGAGAGUCUCCUACUGAGGAAAGUAAUCAACAACAAUGAGACUGGUUUAAGGGAGAAGACAGCAAAGAGGUUUUUUAUAAAUAAAAUUUUAAAAACGGAAUUGGAAUUCCAACUACAUUUUAAGCAGAAAAAUAGCUAGAUCUUAAACCAAUCCCCAGUAUAUUUGAUCAUUGUGAAGAAAGAGAUGCUUUCAUCUAUCUACAAAGAUGUUUGCUUGGGCUUAUUCUUCAGGAUACCUUAUUUGAAGGGAUUUCUAAAUGAUUACUAUUAACAACAUGUCAAAAUACCCGAUACCAGUUUAGCUGAUGGUUUAUUUCAAUAAAAGCAUUCAGAAAUCAGAGGCAUACUAAGAGAUGGAAAAUAUAUCAUAUUAUGGGAUUCCUAUUGGCCAAUGCACAGUGACCUAGAACAAUCCAAAGCUAGAGUGAACACCUUUAGAAAAGCUUCCACUGAUAAUAUAUUUGGUUCUAGGCAACUAAAAAAACACAUCAUGGAGCUCCGGAACUCCACCUUGGGAAGCGGCUUCAUCUUGGUUGGGAUUCUGAAUGACAGUGGGUCUCCUGAACUGCUCUGUGCUACAAUUACAAUCCUAUACAUGUUGGCACUGACCAGCAAUGGUCUGCUGCUCCUGGCCAUCACCAUAGAAGCCUGGCUCCACAUGCCCAUGUACCUCCUGCUUGGGCAGCUCUCUCUCAUGGACCUCCUGUUCACAUCUGUUGUCACUCCCAAGGCCCUUGCGGACUUUCUGCGCAGAGAAAACACCAUCUCCUUUGGAGGCUGUGCCCUUCAGAUGUUCCUGGCACUGACAAUGGGUAGUGCUGAGGACCUCCUACUGGCCUUCAUGGCCUAUGACAGGUAUGUGGCCAUUUGUCAUCCUCUGAAAUACAUGACCCUCAUGAGCCCAAGAGUCUGCUGGAUCAUGGUGGCCACAUCCUGGAUCCUGGCAUCCCUGAUUGCUAUAGGACAUACCAUGUACACUAUGCACCUCCCUUUCUGCGUGUCCUGGGAAAUCAGGCAUCUGCUCUGUGAGAUCCCACCGUUGCUGAAGUUGGCCUGUGCUGAUACCUCCAGGUAUGAGCUUAUAAUAUACGUGACAGGUGUGACUUUCCUCUUGCUCCCCAUUUCUGCCAUUGUGGCCUCCUACACACUAGUCCUAUUCACUGUGCUUCGUAUGCCAUCAAAUGAGGGGAGGAAGAAAGCCCUUGUCACCUGCUCUUCCCACCUGAUUGUGGUCGGGAUGUUCUAUGGAGCUGCCACAUUCAUGUAUGUCUUGCCCAGUUCCUUCCACAGCCCCAAACAAGACAACAUCAUCUCUGUUUUCUACACAAUUGUCACUCCAGCCCUGAAUCCCCUCAUCUACAGCCUGAGGAAUAAGGAGGUCAUGGGGGCCUUGAGGAGGGUCCUGGGAAAAUACAUACUGCUGGCACAUUCCACGCUCUAGGGAAGGAUCAUGGCUUUCCUCUCACCAUUCCUCCUCCAGAUAAAAUUCUCUACUCACUCAUUCCUGCUCCAAAUAAAAUUCUCUACUCACUCAUUCUUCAAUACUGUACUCUGAGAUGAUAGAUACAUUUUUUAAAUUUUACUUUUAUUUUCAACUGUGAAUCUGGUGUGUACAAUGAUCUUGAGUUAAACUCAUUUGGCACACAUCAUCCUGACUUUGGAAACCCAUGUUAUAAAAAUAACCAGAUGGGGGAAAAGCCUUGAAUGGGUGUUGUAGACUCACUCUGUGGUAGGCAUCGUCCUGACACAUUACCAAGUAGACAUGGUAGGGGAUUAGCUUUCCAUUUUAACAUCACAUAGCAGUGAGAAGCAGCAGUAGUUUUGGACUGACCAAAUUCCAAUAGCCUCUCAGCAUCAGAGGAGGACUACUCCUUUUGAAGCAGAUUCUUAAACUACUAAUAGAGGGAAGAAUUUUCAGAAGAUAUAUUAGACUUCCUGUUUAUUAAGUAGAUGACUAUUUGAGCAGUUAGUGGAAAUGAAUAAGAGUUAUGUGACUGCAUUUGUACUCUAGACCUGAGGGACCUUCACAUUGGUUACUUGAGUAAUGAUAAAUAAUUACAUUGAAAGAGUGUGGCCAGGUGCAGUAGCUCACGCCUGUAAUCCCAGCACUUUGGGAGGCCGAGGCGGGCAGAUCACCUGAGGUAAGGAGUUCGAGACCAGCCUGGCCAAAGUGUGGAACCCGGGUCUCUACUAAAAAUGCAAAAAUGAGCGGGGCAUAGUGGUGGGUGCCUGUAAUCCCAGCUACUCGGGAGGCUGAGGCAGGAGAAUUGCUUGACCCUGGGAGGCGGAGGUCGCAGUGAGCUGAGAUCGCGCCACUGCACUCCAGCCUGAGCAACAGAGAGAGACUCCGUUUCAAUAAAUAAAUAAAUAAAUAAAUAGAAAGAAAGAAUGGAAAAGCAUAAAGAAAGAUAUUUCUACUUGGAGAUUUUGACAGUCUUUUUGAAAAUGGGCAUUUUUACAUUGCCUAAAAUUAAAACUAAAAUAAAGAAUGAAUAAAAUAGAAUUGAAAAUACCAGUUUUAAAGUGAGUACAAUAACAAUGAGAGAAAUUUGUUGGGAAUAUUGUCUAAAUUUUUUAAAAUGUGGACUUGCAGAUAUGUGAAUGUGUUUUUAAACAUUAAAACAAUUGAAAGAGGUUAUAUUCUUGAGGUGAGUGUAUGUACAUGUGUGUUUCCAUAGAAAAGGAAGUAUAAAAUUUAUAAUUUGCUUUCUAGCUAGCCUAAAUAAGCCUUAUUUUUUUUAUUCUACUCAUCGGUGUGGGAAGAUUUAUAGCAAAAUUUGGGAACUUAAAUUUGUUGAAUGCAGAAUUCCCAAAAUAUCUUGGCUUAUAUAGGUGUUAUUAUUCUUGAGAAUAGUGCUUUGUCAAAACACAAUAAUUCUUGUUUUCUUUAUAGAAAUAAUAUUACAUUAUUUAAUCUAUAAAGCUAAACCAUAAAAAAUAAAAGAUAAAGCUAAUCUAUAAAAUUAAUCCAACUUUGUUAUAAAAACCGAGAAAAUUAAAAAAAUUAGAAUAAAUCAAAAAUCACUUAUAAAUUUUUCUUUUUUGUUGCACAUAUAUGCAUUUUACCGAAUUUAAAUGUCCAUGAUGAUGAAGGUCCUGUAUUUUUUCCAUUUGAAAUUUGGUGAAUCUUCUUCCUUGCUAUGAGGGAAUAUUUUAGAGUAGUGAUGAGAAAGCGGACCAGAGUGCCCGCAUUUGAAUCCCUCUCUUCCUUUGGUCAUCUAUGCAUCUUUGAACGCUAAAUUAAACUCUUUGUACCUUAGUCUGCUGAUGUUAAAAGUGGUGAUAUUUACUGGCCUGCUCUUGUGAUAUUGUUGGGUAGAUUAAAUAAGAUAAUUAAUAUCAGGUACUGAGACCACAGCUUAGUAAACUGUGCUUAAAACAUUUUGGCUGCUAUAUGGAUAAAUAGUAAAAAGCCUUUUUUAAAAAUCUUAUUUUAUUAUUUCCUUUUAGAAAUGAAACAUUUGUUUAUUAUUUUUAUUGACAAAAUAUGUAUGUCUUAAUGUAAAACAUGAUGUUUUGAAAUAUGUAUACUUUAUGGAAUUGCUAAAUCAAGCCAACUAACAUAUGCUUUACUCCACAUAUUUAUCUUUUUUGCAUUAGGAAAAGUUAAAAUCUACUUUCUCAGCAAUUUUCAAGCACACAAUAUAUUCUGAUUAACUAUAAUUGCCAUAAUCUACAAUAAAUCUCUUGAACUUAUUCCUCCUGUCUAA